UAAAGUUGUGGUCUGUUUUACCCAGUUUUACCUUUUUGACGUCUAAAAUUCAAAAUUUGUUCAAACGGUUAAGUAGAACUAUGAGCAAUGCAACUAAUUAUCCUUCUUGUAUUAAAAUUCCAUCAACAAAUGUAAAACAGAGUACGACGGUUACUAUGUUUUCUCGGAAUUUUGACAUAAAAGAAGCAUUAACAUUAAACAAUGAAUUAAUAUCACUAGCAAAUCAAAAAUUUGGAGAAGGAAAAUGGAAUCAUACUGUUACUAAUCAGUCAAUUGAUUUUGUUGAAUCUUUUAUGGGUAAAUAUAUUUGUGGAUGUGUCACAUUUAUUAAAAUCCAGUUAAAUGAUGGAACAUUUCAUGAAGAUAUGGGAUAUUGUUAUGCAGAAGGUGAUAUUAAAGGGUCAUCAAUAUAUUCUGCUCGAAUUGGUUCUGUCACGGAUGCCUUUAAAAAAGUAUUGUCAUGUUUUGGUAAUGACCUAGCGCCCGAGAUAGAAAAGCUAUUCAAAAAGAUAACAAAUUUUUGUAAUAUCCAAAAAGAAGAUUUGAAAAGUAGGAUAAGUCCAGAAGAGAGGAUUGAAACAUUUAAACCGUGUGCUCAGUCAACUCCACUUAUAAGCAAUAAGAAUGGAGAACAUAAAGAAAAUAAUUGUAAGCCUAAAAUUGAAAAUGAUCAAGAAAAGCAAUCAGUAACAAGAUCAAAAAGUCCUGUAGAACAAAAAGGACAAACAAUGAUCCAAACAUUUUCAAGAUUAAAAAGUUCUACUGAACAGAAAGCACAAUCCAUACCUGUAAAAAUUACAAAUAGUAUAAAAGGUCAAUUCCAAUCUAAUGACACAAAUUACCAAAAGGAACAAGAACAGAAAAAACAAGAUCAAACAGCGGUAAUAUCCGAAGAAGAAUUGCUACGGUUAGAAAGAAAACGAAGACAAAUUGAGAAGCAAGCUGAGUACAAAAGACUUAUGAAGGAAAAAGAACAGCAGAAGUUUAAUGAAAACAGGACACUUAAUCCUAAGUAUUAAUCAUUGAAUCAAG